AUGUCGCGUUCUUUUUUGUUUCUCUGCUUGGGAAUUUCUCUCUCUGCACUGGUUGGGAGCCGCCAGGUGUUGGCGCAGAACAACAGGGUGAAGCUGUGUGGUCGCGAGUUCGUCCGCAGUGUAGUGGUGUCGUGUGGCAGUCCCCGCUGGAAGCGUUUCUCUUCGGAGAUUGAGCAGCCACAAGUUGGUCUUUAUGGGCAGCUCCUCAGCUGGUUGGACGGCAACAACAACCUGGAAUCCUUCUUCCCACCUGAAGUGACAGACGAGCCUUCAAUUACGAGUCAGGAGGCUGGGGAAGUGCAAACACCCUUUGGAGAUGAGGAGGGCUCUCCAUUUCACCUUAGUCCAUUCACAAUUGAAGUCCCACCGAGCUCCACAGGAAGUGCUCCAUCUGAGAAGUGGGCCUCUAGGACCAGACGUGAAGCGAGUCUAGCCGGGAUCUGCUGCAGACUUGGCUGCACUAAAAGCGAGUUGUCCCUCUACUGCUGAGGCACUUCAAACCCACCACUGAUGAGCCCUUCCUGCCAAUGCACUGUUUUCUUCUUCUGCUCCAA